UUGGUCAGAAAAUUCCUGAACGCUCACACGCAUCAGCCGGUGCACCUACCUUCUUACCGCAUGCUGCCGCUCAGUUACAUGGAAGAAGAGUAAGGGUGGAUCAUCAUCAUCCACUGACCGAAGCCCACUGUAGCUGCUGUUUUAUUUCCACACUGAGCCAAGUUCCUCUCUGUAAUCACCGUACUCCACGCUGUUCUGUUAGCCGCUAAAGAUGUCAGUCGUCGGGUUUGACGUUGGAUUCAUGAACUGCUAUGUAGCCGUAGCCAGAGCCGGUGGGAUUGAAACAGUCGCUAACGAAUACAGCGACCGAUGCACACCAGCAUUUGUUUCUUACGGGCCUCGGAAUCGCUCGAUUGGAGCAGCUGCAAAAAGCCAGAUCGUCACAAACUGCAAGAACACAGUCCAAGGGUUCAAGAGGUUUCAUGGCAGGGCACUUUCAGAUCCGUACGUGCAGCGCGUCAAAAACAGCUUGGUGUAUGAUAUUGUGCAAAUGCCCACAGGGACAGCUGGCAUCAAGGUGAUGUACAUGGAAGAGGAGAAGGUGUUCAGCAUUGAACAGGUCACUGCUAUGCUGCUGACCAAGCUGAAGGAGACGGCAGAGAGUGCAUUGAAGAAGCCUGUGGCCGACUGUGUUGUGUCUGUUCCCUGCUACUACACUGACGCUGAGAGAAGAUCAGUAGUCGAUGCUGCUCAGAUCGCUGGACUCAACUGCCUGAGGCUCAUGAAUGAAACAACUGCAGUUGCAUUAGCAUAUGGAAUCUAUAAACAGGAUCUGCCUGCUCCUGAGGAGAAGGCCAGAAAUGUGGUGUUUGUGGAUGUGGGCCAUUCUGGCUUCCAGACAUCAGUGUGUGCAUUUAACAAGGGCAAACUCAAGGUCCUCGCUACAGCCUGUGACCCAGAAUUGGGAGGAAAGGACUUUGAUGAAGUACUGGUCAAGCAUUUCUGUGAGGAGUUUGGUAAAAAGUACAAGCUUGAUGUCAAGACAAAGCCCAGGGCUUUGGUCAGGCUGUACCAGGAGUGUGAAAAACUGAAAAAACUGAUGAGCGCCAACUCCUCAGACCUACCGCUUAACAUUGAGUGCUUCAUGAAUGACAUUGACGUCUCUGGACGUAUGAACAGGGGUCACUUUGAAGAAAUGUGUGCUGAUGUUUUGGCCCGAGUCGAGUCUCCUCUGCACAGUCUGCUGGAAUAUGCCAAGCUAAAAAAGGAAGACAUCUAUGCAGUUGAGAUAGUGGGUGGUGCUUCCAGGAUCCCCGCUGUCAAAGAGAGAAUCAGCAAAUUCUUCGGGAAGGAAUUGAGCACUACACUGAAUGCUGACGAGGCCGUGGCCAGAGGAUGUGCCCUGCAGUGUGCAAUCCUGUCACCUGCCUUCAAAGUACGCGAGUUCUCCAUCACUGACAUCGUUCCCUAUCCGAUUUUCUUGAAGUGGCAUUCUGCUGCUGAGGAAGGCCUGAGUGAUUGUGAGGUAUUUCCCAAGAACCACGCAGCACCUUUCUCCAAAGUGUUGACCUUCUACCGAAAAGAGCCUUUCUCUUUGGAGGCUUACUACAACUGUCCUAAAGAGCUGCCCUACCCUGAUCCCACUAUUGGUCAGUUUCUGAUCCAGAAAGUGGUGCCACAAGCAUCUGGUGAAAGCUCCAAGGUAAAGGUUAAGGUGCGGGUGAAUAUCCAUGGUAUCUUUAGUGUGUCCAGCGCUUCUCUGGUUGAGGUGCAGAAGUCUGAAGAGACAGAGGAACCAAUGGAAACAGAACAGACCAGUGACAAAGAGGGAGAGAACAAGAUGCAAACUGAUCAGGAAGAGGCACAGGGAGAUGGUCCCAAGGAGACAGAGGAGAAGACACCACCUGAGAAUGAAGAGAUGGAGACUACCACGGAGGAGGGUAAAGGAGAGAAGAAAUCUGACCAGCCCCCGCAAGCCAAAAAGCCCAAAGUCAAAACAAAAGUGCUGGAGCUUCCGAUUGAAAACAGUCCACAGUGGCAGCUUGCAGAUGACAUGCUCAAUCUGUUUGUUGAAAAUGAGGGUAAAAUGAUCAUGCAGGACAAGCUGGAGAAGGAGAGGAACGACUCCAAGAAUUACGUAGAAGAGUAUGUGUACGACAUGAGGGACAAACUGCAUGGGCUGCUGGAGAAGUACGUCAGUGAGUCGGAUCGAGAUGCUUUGUCAUUAAAGCUGGAGGACACUGAAAACUGGUUGUAUGAAGAUGGGGAGGAUCAACCAAAACAGGUGUACAUUGACAAACUGGCAGAGUUGAAGAAACUCGGUCAGCCCAUCCAGGAGAGGUACAUGGAGGCAGAAGAGAGACCAAAAGCUUUUGAAGAGCUGGGGAAACAAAUCCAGCAGUACAUGAAAUUUGUUGAAGCAGGCAAAAUGAAGGAGGAGCAGUAUGACCACAUAGAUGAGGCAGAUGUCACCAAGGUGGACAAACUGGCCAGUGAUGCAAUGAUCUGGAUGAACAGCGCCAUGAACCAGCAAAGCAAACAGAGCUUGACAGCGGAUCCCACUGUCAAAGUCAAAGACAUUAAAGCGAAAACAAAGGAGCUGUUCUCUGCUUGCAACCCCAUUGUGACCAAGCCCAAACCCAAGGUGGAGCUUCCCAAGGAGGAGACGCCCGCAGAGCAGAACGGGCCCGUCAAUGGACAGGAGAAGCCCCAGGAGGAAAGUGCAGAAAAGGGAACGACUGAGAACACGGGCAACCCCACGUCAGAAACGGCAGAAAACAAGCCUGACAUGGACCUUGAUUAAAGCAGCCUCACGCCUCCCUGAAAGCAAAGCUGAACGGGAGCUCGCUGCUUCAGAUUCAGAUGCAGCCUGGGUUUAUAUCAGAGCAGAGGGCGUGUUUUCAGUGAACUGCACUCUACAGUCAAAACGUAGGCACGGUGAUUAGCACACAGAGCUCAGCUGCUGAUGGUAUCUCUGUCCGGUGACAUAGCAUGCCCUCUCCCUUUCUGGAUGACAUAAAUCUAAAGCCAGCCGCAAUAAGCCUGUUUGAAAAUGAGCGCUGUACACAUGAUGGUAUUUAUUUCUGUUGUGUGCUCUGUACGUGUUCUGGUCUGUGUCACAAUAUGGUUUUAAAUAAAGGUAUUGAAAACUA